AUGCCCUCUGUUGCACAAUGGCAGGGCACACCUUCCGUCAAGGGCUCGACCGAGAGCAUGCGCAUGGCCUUGCUUACGGCGUCGCUCGUUGGUAUCCAGUUUUGUUGGAACUUUGAAAUGUCCUACUGUACACCCUACCUCCUCGAGCUCGGCCUCACAAAGUCCAAAAUCUCCCUCGUCUGGGUUGCUGGUCCAAUUUCCGGCCUCAUAAUGCAGCCCAUUGUCGGUGUCGUCGCAGACCGUUCCACCUCUCGGUGGGGUCGCCGACGGCCGUUUAUGUUUUUCGGUACGAUACUAGUAGCAAUGUUCCUGCUAUUGCUGGGUUGGACGAAAGAAGUGGUUCGAUAUUUCAUAAAAGAUGAGGCAGCGGCCAAGAGCGCGACCAUAUACCUGGCUGUGUUUAGUAUAUAUGGGAUAGACUUUGCUAUCAAUGCGGUACAGGGAAGCUGUAGAGGUCUGGUGGUUGAUACUUUGCCGAUUGAGAAACAACAGAUGGGCAGUAGUUGGGCGAGUAGGAUGGUUGCUGUGGGCAGUUUAUGUGGGUAUGGGGCUGGGUCAAUCGACUUGAGGAGCGUAUUCGGAUCGAUGCUGGGAGAUACGCAGUUCAAACAACUAGCGGGUGUUGCAGCAAUGACGCUGUGUUUAGCUAUCGGGACGACAAGCUGGGCUGUUACAGAAAGGGUAUUGAUCAGUGAUGGAUCAGCAGUGGGAGAAGGGUUGAAUUUCAAGCAGGUGCUCGGUACUAUCGUUCAUACUGCUUUGAAUUUGCCAAGGAGCAUACAGGCUAUUUGCACUGUACAGUUCUGGGCCUGGAUCGGCUGGUUUCCGUUCCUCUUCUAUAGCACAACCUGGGUUGGCGAAGUCUAUCUUCGUUACGACGCACCCGCAGACGUCAAAGCAGCAGGCGACCUCACAGGCAAAGUUGGCCGCAUCGGGUCCAUGGCGCUCAUUGCCUUCUCGGUCAUCACCUUUGUGAUGUCCGUGCUGCUUCCCUUCUUCGUCCGAAGUCCAGAAGAAGAGGAAACGACGCCUGGCUUCUCCCAUUCGUCAAAACGCGCACCAGGUUUGAGCGGACUGGAGAAAUAUAAGCCAAGUCUGCUCACGGCAUGGACGACUGCUCAUUGCAUAUUCGCAAGCAGCAUGUGCAUGGCGCCCUUUGUGAAGAGCCUGAGACAUGCGACCAUCAUUAUUGCUUUCUGUGGCGUAUCGUGGUCGGUAGCCUGCUGGGCGCCCUUUGCGUUCCUCGGGGUAGAAAUUAAUCACCUGAAUACAGCGUCUUCACGCUCAACACAUUUGAAGCGCGCUUCAAUUGACAUGUCCGAGGCCCAGGACAAACUCGAAAAGGCUAACGACAGCACGACGUCUAGCGGAGGGGCAAGCUCCGGACAGUACCUCGGCAUCAUGAACCUAUACACUACAUUGCCGCAGUUCAUGGGCACAGGCAUUUCUUGGGUGGUGUUUUCGAUCCUUGAGCCUGGCAAGAGCCCAGAGUUGAGCGAUGCGCCGCCAGAGGAACACCACAGGACAGAUGGGCCGAAUGCUAUUGCGGUCUGCUUGUUCAUUGGGGCCUGUUCGGCCUGUUUGGCGGCAUUGGCUACAAGGAGAUUAGGAAGGAUACAGGGACGGUUGUAGUGUAGUGGUGCCAUGAUUACUUUACGUGUCCGCCGUUUCCAUGUUCCAUGGGCGGGAAGGGCGCCGUUGACAAAGUGCUGAGUCAGUGGACAUGAUGUAGUGAGCUGCCAUGGUUGCGCUUUCCAGGUUCGGGUUUAGGCAAGUGGUACGGCGCUGGUGAUUUCCAAGGUUUUGUUCAGGGUUUGCUAAGGAUUUUCUAGAGCCCCGCUUUGUUCUAGAAGGCAGGUGUGGCUAGCUGGUAGUGCGUACUGUAAGUGUGUAGUGCGUAGUGCGUAGUGGUGGUGAUCGGGUCUAUGGAGGCAGAGAUGGGAUGUGGCCGCCCUGUCGACAAUGGCGGGUUUGCUGCAUGUCAGUGUCGGUGAUGAGUCUUGCAUGCCUGCUGCAGGGCCGACUCAUGCUCGAUGCUCGCGAGGCUAGAAUCGGAGGCUUUCGGUCAUGUAUGUAGGUAGUAUUGACGUCCACACGCAGAGGCUGCAGCGCCAAUGGAUAGCAAAAUACAUGCCCUCUCCGCCCC